GCCGAGCUUGAAAAGUGCGUGGUGCUGUGGAUGCCUAUACGGUCGUACGUUGUGUUGUUUGUGUCCUACGCCAUACGGUUACGUUGCCUACGAUAUGAAUAGAAAUGAUUGUUUAUGUGUGUGUUCGUAAUAGCUACUAGGUAGCAACCCGGUGUCGUGGCGCUCUUUGAUGGGUGACGACCCUGUCGUCGGAACUCCUGUAGCCCUCGAGUCCCGCGCGCCAGUCUAUCGUACGCGGUAAACGUUUCCUAUUGAUUCUGUUCGUACAAACACAGCUAUCCUGGGUAGCAUCCGCUCGACGACCAAUGCGACAUUAUAAUAAUGCACUGGCUCGCUACCCCAAGAGUGCGAGACGGGGGCGCACCAUACAAUCCUCGCUGUUGACUAGGUAGAUUGGUUGAGGCGAGAAUCCCGCCUCAGCCUUACUAGCGGAAACAACGGCAGGAGCAGCCCUCAGCUGCAGGAACGUCAGGACGUAGCAAGUUGAUUGAGUGUGAGAUCUGCGUGUUAUAGUGUGUGUGCCGUGGUAGCGUGCCUUAAUAGGAAUCAGUCUCCACUCAUAUUGCGUAUCAAGCUACCAACGUCGCGGCAAGGAUUCACGAAAAAAGGCCUCCGAAUACACUUUACACAACAUUGUUGUUAGUGUUGUUAUUGUUGUUGUUCUUGUACUAGCCUGUUUAUUACUUAGCCAGAUCGUAUCGGUUCCGUUUAGCUUCGUCUAAUCGUCCUCUAAGGUAUCCUCAACGCAGGCAAAAUAGAACGACGGCCGAAGACUCCGCUUGUCGUCGACGUUUGGGGGGUUGUAGGAGCAGCCCGUGCAGCCGUGCAGCCUUGGAAGAGGCCGUGAUGCCGGCGGGAGGCGGGUCAUGAGCCGGCAAUCUGACGGCGGCCCGGGUUCGGGGACCGGGCCACCCCAAGCCAAAUCGACGAGCUUAACUGCCGUCGCCGGUGCCGCCAAUCCCCCCACGAACAACAACAACAACAAUACCAGCACCAAUGUUGACGCCGCCCCCGUAUUCCAGUCAAAACGGCCCCCCGGGAGACCUCGAAAGCAGCAGGGAGCCUCGGAAAUAAUCCUCGGACGUAAGAAGAUUGGGUACUUUCCUGGUCGACCUCGAGGUUCAGUUCGUGUUCGCCGGAAACCGGCGUCUCUCGAGGAGGGCGUAGCUGGCCCGGGGAGUACAUUGGGAAGCUCCUCCGGGUCUAUUCCACCGCCCUCUCCAGGAGGUGUCGGUCUCCCAGCGCCACCACCUACCAAUAAUCAUACAGCCCAAUCAGCCGGUUCAUGUAACGAAGAACCCGAGCUAGCUGAGGGUCUUGUUCAAGGCGCUCUAACAACAACGACGACGGCUGCCAUCAUGGCUGGACCCCCGGAACCAGUUGAAGAGCCUUUAUGCGGCCUAUGUAAUCUGGCCGAACGCAAUCCCUAUUUGUCAUCGCCGUUUCUAUCAGCCCGUGUCGGCCCCGCCAAGCUCGGCCUGAGCAGCGAUCCCGAGAAGCCGCAGAAGCGGCGGCGUAUCCGGGCAUCGAAGAUGAGCGCCGAAGGCAGCGCUACGUGCCUUGAAGAUAUCUGCAAUGUAGGUGUGAUUCCGCCAGGCGAGGAGCCGCUUGAUGUGGCUGCAGUAGCCGACGCCCAGGGUACGGUGCGUGUACAUACCGUUUGCGCGCGAUGGUCAGCCGGUUACGAUGGCACAAAGUCCGGCACGCUAGAGAUGCUGCUCGACGAGAGUCUGCGACGGGCGUGCAGUCACUGCCGCCGGCUCGGAGCUUCAGUCCGAUGCGCGCACGAAAAUUGCGGUAGGACAUACCAUUUGCUCUGCGCAGUAGGCGCAGCCUGCGCUAUCGAUGGUGACCGUGAACGUAUAUAUUGUCAAGGCGAACAUUCGACACAGCUGAAAUUAACCUGCGAGACGUGCACCAGGCCAACCGAGACCCGCGAGAGCCUUUGGUGCACACAGUGCGCAAAAUAUUACCAUGUUAGCUGUACCGACACACCGUCAGGUACUUCGAUUGUGUCUAAUCUUCGAAUGGGGUGGCUGUGUGUGGGAUGCCGUGUAUGUCCGAUCUGCCACGGCGGGAGCCUCGAUCGUGCCGUAACGUGCGACUCCUGUCGAAAGUGCUAUCAUAUGCAAUGUGUGCGGCCCGCGCUCAACCACCUUCCGAAGCACGGCUAUAAAUGCGUGCUGUGUCGAUUCUGUGGGGACUGUGGCUCAAGAACGCCAGGCUCCGGACCGUCGUCACGGUGGCACAUGAACUACACCGUGUGCGAUUCGUGUUAUCAACAACGAAAUAAGGGGAUGAGCUGCCCAUUAUGCGGAAAAGCAUAUCGAGCAUCAUCAUCAUCAAAGAUGGUUGACUUUACGCAGUGCUCAAACUGUAAAAGGUACAUCCAUAAUGACUGCGAUCCCGCAAUAACAAAUGGAGAUACUCGCGACUACCGAGACUAUACAUGUCCCCCGUGUCUUCAACCGCGAGCCAAUACUACAGACGCCGAUGAGGUAUUGUCCUCCUCGACGCCGUCACUGGCGACCGAUGGUAGCAGUGGAGCUGACGCGCCCUGUCUUUCGCCAGUGACCAUCGAGGAGGCGACAUCUGCUAUUGGCGUUGGAAAUUAUGGUGCGGGUAAACCCAUGGGCGCCAUGGGCGCGAUGGGCCCCAUGGGGGCACUAGCGUCGCGCGGCAAGGGCCUUCGAGGCAUGCGGAGACCGAGGGGAGCGGGCCGUGGACAGGUAGGUCGACCGCCCACGAAUCCCGCGUUGAAGAUGCGCGGUCUCGGCCGGUGGGAUGCCACUUCUGCGGCUCAGGCCAAACAAGUCAAGAAGGACUUCGAAUUCGAGCGCGAUGCUCUACUAAAUGUCGGCGGCUGUGGAGGUAAUGCCGCUGGCAAACUCACUGACGAAGAGGCAACACAGGACUCGAAGGUCGUUCUAUUCUCAGCUAACGAUAAGUUUGUCCUUCUACAAGAUAUGUGCGUAUUAUGUGGUAGUUUCGGAAUUGGAGAAGAGGGACGAUUGAUUUCGUGCGCGCAAUGCGGCCAGUGCUAUCAUCCGUACUGCUGCGGCGCGAAGGUGACGCAAACGACGCUGACCAAAGGUUGGCGCUGCCUCGACUGUACUGUGUGCGAAGGCUGCGGCCAGCCACACGACGAGAGCCGCCUGCUUCUGUGCGACGACUGUGACACGUCUUAUCAUACGUACUGCCUGAAACCGCCUCUCGAGAACGUACCACAGGGCACAUGGAAAUGCCAACACUGCGUUGUGUGCGUCCUUUGUGGAUCGCGCAGCCCCGGGCCAGAGGGUUCCGAAUGGCAGGCUAAUUACACGGAAUGCGCCCCCUGUGCGUCAAAGUUCCGAUGCAUACAAUGCUCCCAAGACUACCAGGAGGGCGACAUUAUAAUCGAGUGCGAAAAGUGUAUGCGAUGGCUGCAUGGCCGGUGUGAUGAAAUCACCUGCGAAGAGGAUGCUGAACGCUGCUGCGACUUAGGCUAUAGUUGUCCGCUGUGCCGAGGCAAAGAUACAUUACCAGCACAUCUGGUCCAUGACCUUCUGAUGGACUCGCCCUGUCCAUCACCCGUACCACAGGACACACCGACACAUAAACAAAAAGCGCAUCACCUCAUCGACGGAGUUUAUUUGACCGACCUGGGUUUGAACACUAUCAAGACGCUUACCCUCGAGCCCCCGAAGAGGACGCGCACCGUCAAGCCCAAGGACGCACUAGGCAAUCGACUUCCCUCGCUUCCAAGCUUAUCGGGAUUGUCUAGUCUCUCGGGCCUGCCGGGCUUGGGUCAGAGGCGCGCCACGUUAGAUGAUCUGGCGGACGGUGGUGAUCCCUUCGAGUUCGAGGCUGACGGAAUCCUCGAGGGCCUCGAGGGCGACGAAGAAAUCAAGCGAAAGAAAAAAAUCCAAAAGUUAGGGAUCGGCGGUUUUGUAGCCAAUGCACGAUCGCGAGCCAUGUCAAGCAAAGACGACGCAACAUUUGCCGUUGAAGCGUCAGCUGCAAUGCAGCCAUUUGAUGAUGAUAAGGAAACAACGUCAAAGGAUGGUCCCGAUUCAGAGAAGGCCCAAAGGCAACAGCGGAGACGCCGGCCCAAAAAGAAACGGACCAUCGAAGAGAGUAUGCCUUCUCACAUUCAGGAGGCAUUCUUUGGCAUGACUCUGCUUAGUGCGACAUCAAACGCAACCACAGACACCUUCGAGGACUUGGACAACUGUGCAACAGAUGCUCCAGCCGCAGAAGAUGACCGUAAACAAACGGUACCAGUUCAGUCCCAUAGACGAAAAGAGCCUGUGGUACCGCUGGCAGAGUCACGCGUUGGCCCGCCGGACGUGCCUGCCCCAAGCACGGGACUUCAGGGAGCGGGUGCAGGCAUGGCCGCAGAUCUCAGCAUUGAUCACAACCUCGUCGACCCGAUCGAGUAUGAUGAACUUGGCGACCUAUUACCAUCUGACCUUCCACAGGAACUAAGGGACGACGAACUAAUGGAUAUGAUUAUGCAGGAAGCAGAUGGAAGUGGGGGGCCUAGCGUAGAAGCUGAUGUACUUUUAGCGUCGCCUUUGCCCCAUAUGGAUGGCCAAGAUGUGGAGAAUGUAUUUAAAGGUGUACUUAGUCCAUCAGUAGAAGGUCGAUUACCUCCUGGCAGUCAAACAUCUCAAGGUGCGCAAGGGGGAUGUCAGGGUCCAACAACGGUUACCGGGACAGGCGGUCCAACAGCUCUUCAAGACCGUCAGGGCAUCUCGGCGCCUUCGCCAGCCCCCUCUUGGUCAUCGCAAGAUCUUGACGAGGUGGCCUCAAAUCACUCCGGUGGCUCGAACAACAAGAACAACAUGCUGAAGUGGGAGCCAGACGAGGCGCUGGCUGAAAAGGCCACAAUAUCAAUGGUGCUAUAUGCCAACCUCAAUCAUCCAACACUCAAGCAGGAGUAUCCACAAUGGUCUGAUCGCGCGAAACAGAUUGCUAAGAUCUGGCGCAACCUGCCUACUGACAAGCGUGCACCAUAUCUACAGAAAGCACGCGAGAAUCGGAAGGCCAGAGCAGUUCUUGAGAAAACCACACCUGGCGGCGGGCCAGUAGGUCAAACGCAAGCUUCCUCAUCUUGGAAACAGUCUUCUGAGCGCAAGGCAAGUGCUACCUGGUCUGCCGGGGGUCCCUCUGGUAGUGGGCCAGCCUCGGGCAGUGGCAUUUCCUCGCUCGGACCCUCUUCACAGGCUUGGUCCAGCGCCGGAGUCGUAGGCGCUGGAGGGGUGAUACCUAAACAGGAAGCACAGGGUCCGCCUUCCGUGACACCAGCCGAUGAAGGUUUAGAUGACGAUGACCUGCUUGAAUUAGGCGCCGACUUCAACAUCUUGGAGUACGCCGACCCGGAGAACGAUACGGUCACCUCCAGCAAUUCUAACACUGGCGAUGGCUGCAAUAAAACCAGUGACGGUCUACAAAUCAAAGAGGAAGAUAAAAAAGAUGCUGUUGACGUUUUGGGCCACACAGAUGCUAACAAUGGACAACGGUUGCUUCUUGGAGGCCUUGCGAAAAAUGAACAAGGAGCCAGUGACGGUGUGGAGGCAGGUGAUGGUCUUAGCAAAGGCCACGACGAAGCAGGACUAUUAAGUGACGUCGACUUUGAAAAGCUAAAGGCGGAGAUGUUUAGCACGGCGGAAGAAGUACUGGCGUCCAAUACCACCGCUUCACGUCCAAGUCAGCCGGCCCAAACAGUAGGCCCGAUCAACCAAUGGUCGCAGCCAACUCACGAAGCCCACCCACCGUCGCAGCAGCAGUCUGUUUUUGGGCAUGUUACAUCUAUGAACCCGAGCCAUGGGCCACACCAGCCUCACGUACCACCUGCACAGCAGCUCCAACCAAUGAUGCAGCAUCCACCACAACAACCACCAGGACCAGGCAUGAUGACAUCUAUAGGUUCCACGGGACUUGGACCUCAAUCACAUCAAAUGGGAAUAGGGCCUACGACCCACAUGAAUGCCCGACCUCUAAAUUCUCAUCAACAGAUACAACAGCAACAGCAAAUGCAACAUAUGGUACGUUCAUCAAUACAGAAUGCACCUUCUGGUGGGGUGAUGGGGCGCCUCGCCAGUCCCGGUAUCCCGAUGAUACCGGCUGCUGGUGGAGUUGCCAGUCCGUUACGGCCUGUGGCCCCUCCUGCAGGUCUGGCGCCUACGCAGGCGCUGGCACAGAUGACGCAAAGUCAGCCUUCUCCGGCAUCGACCACAAUCGCGCAGCAGUUCAAGCUGCGAACGUUACAAGCGCCGCCAGCACCUGGCGAGAACAAUACAGGUCCUACGUCAGCUGACGUGAAGUAUAGCUACGAGUUGUGGAUGCAAAAACAAGAUGAACUACUAUCAAGUCAAAAGAAGUACCUCGAAACGGAAAUGGGCAAACUGCGAAAGAUCAAGAAGGCGUUGACAGCUAAGCAGAGACAGCUGGCCAGGGCAGGCAGCGGACAGGAGCUGAACGACAGCGACUCCAGCCAGCUGGCAUACGUGAACCGGGAAAUGCCGGGUCUGCAGAAGUUCCUCGAGCAAGUGAGGAAGCUUCAUAGGCAGCACACGAGCGUUAUUCAGGAGUAUCGCGUGAAGAAUCAGCAGCCCGCGCCAGCUCCCGGCCAGUCUCCGGGUCCGUUUGAGGGGGGAUACACGCCGAUAGGUGAACAGACUCCGCCUACGGGGCCACAUCCAGGAGGUCCAUCAGGUCCAUCGCGGGGUCUGAUGUCCCCGCAGCCUAACUAUUAUCAACAGCCAAUGCCGGGGCCACCUGUACCAGGACCACCAAACCCACACGCUCCACAACAACAGACGCCGUUAAGAUACCCGCCGGCACCUGUUGGUCCACAGCUGCCUAAUGUACAUAACAACUCCAGUGGACCUCCACCGGGGGUCCCUAUAAGUGGACCUCCUCCGCAGCAAAUGAUGCGGCCACCACCGCCAUAUCCCUCGGUAAAGCCGAUGGCUAGUGCAAUGCAACAACCAGGCGGAAUGCAACCAAGCGCUACAAUGGCCCCGUCAGGUCAUCAUACAUCGCUCGGCCCAAUGGGCUCGCCCCAGGCACAGGCUAGCCCCGGCGGCCUACCGGCGAACCCUCCCUCGGCUGCCGGCCCAGAGCUCUUCCGGCAAGGUGGUACGCCCGAGUCUCCUUCGCAUGAUUCCCUAACCGGGACGAUGAGCAUGGGCCUACAACAGACGAAUUCGAACCAGGCCAAUCCGAACAAUCCACAGCAGUACUCGCCCCGACAUUCAGCCACCGGCUCAACCACACCCCAACAAUGUUACUCACCUGCUACGCCACAAGGUCCCCCGCAAGUAUUUUCGCCGUCCCCUGUUGGGGGACCCGCAAGUGUUGGUCAAGUUUUCUCACCAGGGGGCCACACGCCCAACACGCCCGAUCCGGGCAACCCCAACAGUAAUUCUAACUCUAAUCCCGCGCUACUUCUUUAUCUACGUCGGAGUCCGGGUCCUAGCCCGGCGCAAAGGACACCCCCGCAUUUUCCGGGAAUGUCUCCUUACCAGGUUCAGUCACCAGCUGCGCCGCCGUUCUCGCCCCAUCAUGCGCCCUCCCCAGCGCCGUCUCCUUCGCCCGGGCAGCCGGCGGCCAUGCACAGUCCAGCGCCAUCGCCGGCGCGAUCGGCGCCGUCCCCCAAGUCAAGCCCGAUGCCACCGAAUGCCAGUCGGCCAAACGUGUACGCGGUCGGCAUGAACAAACCGGGCGGCGGUGGUAGUGGUAGCUUAAAAGGAGGAUCGCGUUGGUGGACGCCCGCUCGAGCUGACGCCAUGGUUGCUGAGGCGGCAACGGUGGCCGAAAAACCUCUGCUACUUGAGCGGCUUUGGAGUGUAGACGAUGACGCGUCUGCUAUCGGAGCCCGCGAAGACCUCGCCGAGUUGUUGGACUACUUGGGACAGGUGAUGUGGACCAACAUGAACAUGGCGUCAAUGGUGUCAGACAAACAGGACAAACAGGUGGUACACACAACUACCUCUGACCGGACAGUCAGCGUCAGACAACCAGAAGUGAUAUCGUCGCCAUCUGCAGCAAUGUUUCGGUCAAAGGUAUUCGCGGUCGGACUGAAUCGCCAACUAAGUACGCCCGGCGGCCGGGCCGAUGAUGGUAAUGGCCAUCAUUACGCUGUCGCUAAUGGCAGCAGCCGAAUAACAAGGAGAGUCAUAGCCAGUGUUUGGCCAUUCGGCCGUUUAUUGGGUGGCAAUCCCGAUUCGUUGCCGGGCGCCAACGGCACGCAGACCACGUCAGCGGCAAACACGUCCUCGUCAUCAUCCGGCGAUUUCGGCGGAUCGUCGUUCAAUGUUGAUGGCGACGUUGCUGAACCGGGCGGCGUGGACAACGUAGACGACGUCGACGUGUCGGCCAGCGUGUUCGUGGUACAGUUCGACGACGACAACAAUAGUCCCAACUCGGCGUUGGUGUCGCAGCCGGGCGGAGUAUCCGAUCAAGAACAGACGUCGGAACAGCCGGAACAGACGUCGGAAACGGCGUCUGAACAGGCUGAUCAAAUCGUUGAUCAGGUGGAUCAGGUAGUAGAAGAUCAGGUUGUGGAACCCGAACAAGAGCCAGAGGAUCAGCCGGCCGAGCAUGCCGGAUCGCAAGGCGAACCAGCCGAGCAGGCGGAAAGCCAGCCAGAUCAACCAGAUCAGGACCAGGAACAAGAACAGCAACAACAAGGCCAACAGGACCAAGAUCAGUUGGAUCAACCGGUUCAGGGUGAACCAGAAACAACACUCAUAGCAGCGGCUGAUGUGGCUGUUGAUGAUCACAACUAUUUUAAUACGCCAUCAUUACCGCCGACAGCGGAUGAAUCGGAAACGGCAGAUGUCGAUGCUGAGGUCACACGCAUACAUGAGCAUCCAUCAUCGUCUCUUGUCGAAUCAAGAGACCAUCAAAGUGGAGUUGUUUUACUCAACGACAGCAGCAGCUGCAACAGCAACGUUAUCAGCAGAAGCAGUAGCGGCAGCAGCAGCAGCAACACGAAUAGCAACGCCGAUAAUAACCACAGUAGCAGCAGCAGCAGCAGCAGUAGCAGCAGCAGCAGCGGCGGCAGUAUUAACAUGUCAGCAAGUACUACGAGCCUAUCUUCACCAUCAGCUUCGCCUCCAACGCAGACUAUCAACGGUAGUUCGGUGGGGAGCACAACCGUUGGUGAAGUGCAACCGUCACCGGUAGUAUGUCCGUCUCAGGCCACCCAAGAGACAACUGCUUCACUAUUCGUCGUUGCCGACCAAAACCAAAACGUCACUGGGGUUGUGCAAGAUUCGUGCGGAGAACCAAUGGAAGAGGACCUCGAGACGAGCGAACGUGUGAGCACGCCAGGAGUAGUUGUAGUAGUGGCUGCGUCCCCAUCGGGAAAAAAUCCACCACUUUCUGUUGCUUCAGCAACAUUUAGUGAGGCCAACGGUGACCGUUCGUCAGAAAGUUCUCUAAGUCUCACAUUGAAGCUCGGAAAAACAAAUACGACUGAUAUUGCGGAGCCAACGACUAUACUUGCCACAGAAAUCGUUCAAACAGAAGCAGAAAAGAAGCCGCUGCAGCAGCAAAAUGAGCAGUUACAGCAACCCUCACUGGAGAACGACGUUGAGGAAGUUCAGGCAGUAAAGCGCGCGUCAUCGGGCACGUUUGAAGAACAGCCGCAUUGUGCGGGGACUUCCCCUGGCGUGCUGCUUGCCGGGGCCGUCGGCGCAGGCAUUGCUCCGCUUUCCUCUGUGUCCCCGACACCAAUACCCACACAAUCAACAGCACUUUCUACAACAACAACAACAAUAGUAACAGCCACAACAGUGUCCCGCCUGCCAAAACCCCAGCCGUCGCAACAAAUUGCAGCUACAACGACGACAGCCUCACCUCCGGUAGCAAUCAUUAGUCCACGUCGAACUCCACCGUCACCGUUGCCUUCAGUAACAUUGACAUCGACAAAACAUUUACAACAACAGCAACAAACACCACCCAAUCUGCCCAAACUACCCGCUGGCCCUCUAAUCCCGCCUAUCGGCCUAUCAACAACAGAGACGCCUGCACCAGCGUCAACAACAGCCGCAUCGAAACCAUCACCAACGACAACAGCUGUAUCAGCUGCGUCAACCGGAACAACUAUUGUGGUACAAAAAGUGAUCACUGUUCCAUCAGCUGUUGCAGCUCCUGCCGUGACGGCGACCUGGGCAAAGGCUGGCAGCAGGACUUCGACCGAGCAGCAAUGUAACAACAACAGCUCAGUUCCCGCGCAGCAACAAAAGCUGCAGUCACAGUCGAACACUGCUGUUCUGCCUCAGCAGCAGAAAAUCCCAAAUCGGCCGAUGCAAGUUGGGGAUCAACCAGUAGGUGUACUACAGCAGCGAAUUACUGUUGCGACAACAACUUCAGCAGGUGGCGUUGCCAGUGCUACAGGUUCUAUUGUUGUUCUCCCGAAGGCUGCUGUCAUCCCAGUGACUUUUUCAACGGCGACAACUCCUGGAAUUCUACCGACGCCGUCACCGCCACCUGCUGUAACCCCAACAGCAACAGCAACUAGUCCUGCUACUGUACCGCAACCUCUGCCUCCAAUACACCCCUCCCAAGGCUCGUUGUUGCCGUCACUGUCUCUGUCAUUGCCAAUGCCGAACCCGAACCCGAGUCCCGCUGCCGCUGCUCCCGCUAGUGCCGGCGCCGGUCCUAGCGUUACGACCCCCAGUGCCCCCGUCGCCGCCACUGUCGCUACCAAUAGUGUUGCUACAGCUGCAGCUGCUGUUUCUGCUAGUGCCUCCUCUUCUUCUAUUUCUUCAGUUCCACCUAAACAAAACGUUCUUUUAAAGCAGCUGCUGCAAAACUGUCCGUCAGCGGAGUCGGGGACCUCACCCAGCGCCACAACAACUCUCACGGGAAACGGAGGUUCACCGGUCCUGGUGGUCAAGGAACAACCAACGCUUAUCACCUCACAGUUGGUUAACAAUAACAACCAUGCUAUUGUUAACAACAACAAUAGCAGCGGCAGCAUCAGUAUGAGUAUGGGCAGUAGUACUGGUAUCGUUAAUAAUAGUGGAAGCAGUAACAAUGGUAGUGGCUGUGCAACAGGCACUGCCACAGCUUCUUCCGGUUCAGCGAAUUCAGUUCCUUCGUCUACCCCUAUUAUUCCUGCUAUGAGUCCACACAGCUCGCAGCAAGCUGCGUCUAAAACUGCAGUUCCUUCAUUCAUGAUGCCAGCAACGAAAAGGACAACAUCGCCUCCAGCGCCAUCUAAAACGCCCCCAACAACAUCAGCAUUAGCAACAACGACGACCACAACAACAUUAAUACCACCAUUAGAAACAACAGCACCAGUCGUUAGUCCUGCAACAGCAACUGCAGUAGUAGCAGCAGCGACACCAGUGGCAACACCAGCUGCUCCAAUAACAACCCCAAUAGCAAUAACAGCGACGAUGCCGUCGUCGGUUCCUCCAGGGCCAAUUUUGUCGUUGCCAGCAUCAGGUGCCAGUCCAGGUGCACGUCUGUCUGCACCGCAGCAACUGCCCGCGCUUCCUAUCGUAUCAGCCGCACCUCAGCCAGCCUCAGCUGCGGCUGUUGGAGGCGGAGGCAACAAUGGAAGCAAUGCGAUGAAUAGCAGCACCAGCAGUGGUAAUCUUCUGCUUAAUAAUUCAUCGAGUGACCGAGUUCCUCCUUCAGUGCCACUACCGCCAGUGCCUUCUCAUCAGAUUGGUGCGCCGUCACCUCAACCUACCCCAAUUGUAGCCCAAUCGCUCCCUUCAACAGCGACCGCCCCAGUCGGGCCUCAUGUCGGGACACUUGGAGGAACCCCAAUCGCUUAUACAGCCAGUCAUUCUGGGGUGCCAGCGCUUGGUGGCAGUCUCCUUCAGAAUAGUCUUCAACAACACCAGCAAGGUGGUCCCCUCCGACAAUCGCCGCAGAUAGGCGGUUCCCCGAUGAGCAAUCAGAUAUCUCCGGUCACUUCAGCAGCUUCCUGCGAUAGCUUAAAACCCAUACAUCAGCAACAACAACAGCAACAACAACAACAGCAGCAGCAACUUUCUCACCAGCUAGAUCAGCAAACCAGCGGUGGACCGUCUCAUCAGCACCAUGCCAUGACCCCUUCACCACCAAUAACAACGGUAGGCAUGCAGCUUUCCGGACCACUCGGCGCCACGACCCAGGGAACCCCGUCCACGAUGACGACGUCGUCGCAAACGCAACAACCUCCGGCACCACCGAACAGGGUUGUCGCUUGUCUUCCUGGAAGCCUUAGUCCGUUUGAUGGACCUUCUAUGCACAAUCAGACCGGAGGAAACCUUCAGAGUCCCCAGAGCGGGCCUCCAACUCCACUUGGAACCGGUAGCAUGUACGUGAAAAGCGAGUUGACCUCCCCAACUGCGGGUAGCGGACAUUUCUCUCCGGGGCCAAUGGGUCCUCCAAUGCAGCAUCCAAAUCAUCAGCCGUUAACUACAACAGCCAGUCCUCAGUUGCAACGCACACCGAUGUCACCUAUGGGCGGUCCACCUCGUGGAUCUCCUUUUGGGCCUCCGUCAAGCCAAAUACCACCUGGAAAGCCUACACAAAAUAACAGUCAGGAUACAUCUAGCAGUGGAAUGCUUUCAGGACAACCGCAGGGUCAAACUCAACAACAAAAUCCACGCAAACGACCUCACAAGCAACAAUCUGCUAGUGGUCUAAUAUCGGCAACAGGUGGUGCACAUGGAAGCGUCGGUAGUGCGGGAGCAUCAACGUCACCAACAAAAAAACGCGCCAAAAAAUCUGCAGGAUCAGGAACACCUGGCGGGAUUCGCGGAGAAGAGGGCCCCGGACUAGCUCUAGCGUCAGAACCUACCUCAUUGGGUGAACCCACAUCAGGCUCUUUAGCAGGUUUAGAACUUGGAGCCCCCGUCAGUGCCAAAAUGCGGUCGUUGCCAGCCGUCCGAAUUGUCGAGCCUUCAAUACACGCCAACUACAGCGCGUGUCCCAUAUUUGGAAGGGACAGGGGAACCCCCAUUCAGCCACAACUAGCGGGAUCGUUUGGUAGUGGCGAACUGAAGAAGGCUAGCAAAUAUGGCGGCGAUUUCUACAAACAUCUGGGUACCAGCACGAGAAGCAGCCGAGCGCGCCGGAACCGACUGGUAUUAAAUAGUCGUGGUUUUUACAAUCAGGAAUUUUCCCAUCGCCUCAGCUCAAACAGCGACCGUGCAUUUAGUCCCGAGACUGUCUGCUACUGCUCGAGUCCGGAGAGCGAUGUCAGAGAAAAGUUGUUAGAAAUGAAGGGGUUGAGAUUGAUCUCUCGGGAGACACCGGCUGGCUCAAGACAACUCAAAGGCUCUUCUGACUAUAAUUCAAACCUUAUGCCAGCAAGUUUAAAAUGCAGCGAGAAAGAACGAGCCCCUUCGCCUGCUUUGCCACUGUAUGCUCCCGUACCCAUGCGACCAAGCUAUGAUGGGCAUCAGCUUAUAAACGAGCUUGACCAUAAAUCGUCGGUGAACUCAGCGACUAAUGGAUUGUUGUUAGUGACGCUGACGUUGCGUUCGUCACGCGACGUCAAGUCCGUCCUCAGUUCCUUGUCGAAGAUACUCGAGCUCGAAGCAAAAGAACCGUUCGCAGAUGCGAAUGGUGAGCUUCUUUACGAGAUUAUUGAACGUUUGGAGGUACCAUCAUCCGAACGAAAACCGGACGAGGUCGAGUACCUUUGGGCAGAUGGAAGGAAGAGGUCUUGUAAACACUGUGGCUGUGCUGUUCUUCCAAAACGAGGGCUUGCAAAGCUUUUGAUGCGCGAAGGAAAACGUAAACAGACUGAAACUAACGAUGAAACAUCAACAUCAGCACCUGAACCAAAGGGGCCAUCUGAAGAGGUGUUCUUUUGUGGAGAAGCCUGCUACUCACAGGCUGCGCUAGUUCAUCUGUUGUGCGAUGUUCCGGAUACACUCAGCGUAGUCAAGGAGGUUCUUGGUGAACUUGUAAAACGUGUCAGCGAGCAAACACCAGUAAAACCGGUGCAACUCAGGAAGCCUUUCCUCGCGCAUCGGCCUGACCCUAACAGGAAGAGCGCCAAGGGCACGAAAUGGAUGGUGUGGGAGCCGGGGACACGUCAAAAGCUUUUAAGCAAAAAGAAUAAUACCCUUGUUGUAGAGGAGGCAAACGCUCGGCUAGAUGCAUCUCCAAUAGGUAUUCGGUUAGCGGGCGUGACGGAUGCCCGUGCGUGCCUACUGUGCUUGGCAGUCGGUGACGGCGCGAGCGAAGGUCCGGGCAGACUGCUCAACUUGGACACGGACCAAUGGGUGCAUCUCAACUGCGCGCUUUGGUCGUCCGAAGUUUAUGAGACGGUGAACGGGUCACUGAUGAAUGUCGAAGAGGCUUGCCGUCGGGCAAAGCGUGUGCGCUGUGCACGUUGCAACCUCGUAGGGGCUAGCGUGCGCUGCUUCAAGAUGAGAUGUAUGCAGACGUUUCAUUUUGGCUGCGCACGCCGCCACUCGUGCAUGUUUUUCAAGGACAAGACCAUGUUGUGCCCCGCUCAUCAGCCCAAGUCUCCUCAGCCCGAUCUACUUCUACCGUCCGCUUCCGUGCUCCGGCGGGUCUAUAUCUCGCGAGACGAAGUCAAACAGGUUGCUGCUUCUGUUCAUCGUGGCGAGAAUUAUUACAUCCGUGUGGGUAGCCUGGUAUUCCAGGCUCUUGGCCAACUAUUACCGCAACAGCUGCAAAAUUUUCACUGCCCAAAUGCUAUCUACCCUUGCGGAUUUCGUGUGCUGCGCUUCUAUUGGCACAUGCAACGACUUGGCCAACGUCAACUGUAUGAAUGUGUCAUUAGUGAACAUGAGGGUAAGCCGAAGUUCACUAUUACACCCAUGGGCAAAAGCGAUCAAAAGGCCAUCGAGGGCAGUACUCCUAAGGAGUGCUGGAUGAAGGUGUUGGAACCCAUAGAAAAAAUGCGACUGGAGGACAAGGCUAUCAAAGUGUUCUCCAAAUACGUGACGGGUCACGACCUGUUCGGGCUAACGGAACCGCUUCUUCUUCGAUUGAUUGAGUCAAUUCCGGGUGUAGAUACGUUGCUUGACUAUACGUUUCGCUACGGUCCUUCAAUCGAUUUGCCGUUAGCUGUCAAUCCAAGUGGUUGUGCCCGGUCGGAACCCAAGCUCAGGACCCACUUCAAACGAUCGCAUGCGUUGCUGCAUUCGAGUAACGCAGUGGGUGCUGCUGGGGGCUGGGCUGGCGCAGGAGGCGGCGGAAGUUCCGCGGCUUCGGCGCUCUCGGCCUCGGUGGGGACACCCGCGUCACUCGCAAUACAGCAUUCGUUACUGUUGUGCUCCGAUUCGCCCGGCGGACAGGGCCUUUCGCCGUCACCUGAGAUGGGCUCGCCGUACUCCAAGCAGUUCGUCCAUUCCAAGGCCAGUCAAUACAGGCGAAUGAAGACAGAGUGGCGAAGUAACGUUUUCCUAGCUCGAAGCAAGAUCCAGGGUUUGGGUCUAUAUGCCGCCCGUGACAUUGAAAAGCACACGAUGGUAAUAGAGUACAUUGGACAGGUGAUCCGAAACGAAGUGGCCAACGCCCGCGAAAAGCAGUACGAGUCUCAGAAUCGAGGAAUUUACAUGUUCCGACUCGACGAAAAUCGGGUUAUUGAUGCUACCCUUACGGGCGGCCUAGCGAGAUAUGUGAAUCACAGCUGCAAUCCAAACUGUGUCACUGAGGUGGUGGACGUAGACAAGGAUCAGAAGAUUCUGAUUAUAGCUAAACGGCGAAUUGCCCGUGGCGAAGAGCUCUCUUACGACUACAAGUUCGAUUUUGAGGAUGACCAGCACAAGAUAGCCUGCCUAUGUGGUGCCCCCAAUUGUAAAAAGUGGAUGAAUUAGAAGAAAGACGUGAACGAUAAAGAAUAUAUAUAUAUAUAUAUAUAUAGCCGAUGAAUAAUAUAGAAAGGUACACUUAGACACAACAGAAACUUGUUAACAGGAAAGAAGUUAGAGAUACACUCACACAAGCACACCCUAUACAAUUCUGUACAACUUUGCAAUAGAUUCAAUAUUAUGCUGUCGGUUCAAUGAGACAAAACUCACAAUUCCUUUUGCCACAACAGAAACAACAAUAAUAACGUGUGUAACAACAAUAAUUAUUACUGCUAUUACGUUUUCCCAUGCAUUGCUACUGGUGCUCCCGCAUUGCCCGGCUGCCAUGUAUAUACAGUGGUGGUACAGUGCACAAACACUGAUGGAUAUUAUAGAAAAAUACAUAUUGAUGUUGUUAUUAUUAUUAUUAUUAUUAUUAUUAAAGCGUCAAUUUCGACCGCAGAUGAUCUUGUGAUCCAUUAAUCGCUGGUGUAUUUGGUUUCGCAAAUGUUAAUGUUGCUCAGAGAAGCGAUCAUAUUUGGUCAACAAAGGAAGCAAACGACCACCGAGAGAGAAUACCCUCGAUUUCAAUUCUACACCUACUCGAAAUAAAACCGGCAGGUAGGUGAAAGGUAUUAGAAGAUCCUCAAAUAUCGAUAAACGACAUUUUUGUAAUGAGUAUAAUAAGGCAACGGGUAACGGGCGACUGGUUGACAAAGGGGGCGCAAACGAAACGUAAACGAAAAACAUGUUACGCCAGCAGCAGCGGUAGCACAUGCAUAAUAAAGAACCGAAAAUCAUCGUUAGAUUUUUGUUAUACAUUGUAAUCAUUGUACCAUCGACAUUGUAACUAAGCAACAUUAGCUAUGCGUGAAUUGGGCCCUAGGUGUUACUUUCAUUCGGGGCCUGUAGUUGAAUUGGUAACAAAUUAAUUAACUAACUAGUAUUUAUUAUAGUUAUUGAAAGCAAACACACAAGUCAGAUUAGUUUUAUUACUAUUACUAUUGCUACGAUUUCUGUAACAGAAGACAGCCAUUAUUCAUGUACGACAAAUACUAUAUGAAAGGAAAUAUAACGUUGAUACUAGACAUUAGUGUCAUCGUCGUGGUAAAUGUAAUAGUUCUAAAAGUUGCAUUGAUGCUCUACGGCUGAUACAAAUAAACAUAGAGACACGCGCAACUUUGAAAACAGAUGGAAUCGGCGGAUGCGUGACUGGAGAAAAA